CAGUUUUCAGGGCAACUCUAAUGUGCACCCUCAUACCAUUUUUAUCACUGAUAACAAUAUAUAAGUUAUUGUUACUGACACAAGCAGCAGUUGGACCUGUGCAAAGACGUUUUGAAUACAAGCAUAGUUUUCGUGCGCCUGAUUUAUCUUUACGUGACGGUACUAUACCAUUCUGGACCAUUACUGGUGAUGCAGUAGCUUCCAAUGAACAACUUCGAUUAGCACCGUCCAUGAGGAGUCGAAAGGGACUUGCUUGGAACAAGCGAGUAAUGGCUGAGUCAAAUCAUUUUGAAGUCCAAGUAGCUUUUCGAGUAGUCGGACAGGGUCGUAUUGGUGCUGAUGGUAUUGCUAUUUGGUAUACUGCUCAACAACCUACUCUUGGUCCUGUGUUUGGAGCUAACGACUACUGGACAGGAAUGGGGCUUUUUCUGGAUUCGUUUGAUAAUGAUGCCCAAAAAAAUAAUCCAUUCGUGGCGUUGAUGAUUAACGAUGGCACCAGGCAGUAUGACCAUCAGACAGAUGGCUCGCAACAGAUGCUUUCAGGCUGUCAGAAAGAUUUUCGUAACAAGCCAUAUCCAGUACAUUUGAAAAUUGAGUAUCUUCACAAUGUUGUUACCGUUUCAUUAUCCGAUGGUCUGCAAGCUAUACCCCGUUAUGAAUCAUGUAUUCGCUCUGAAAACAUAUUUUUGCCGAAAAACGGGUUUUUCGGUAUUUCCGCUGCUACGGGUGGUUUAGCAGAUGAUCAUGAUAUUGUUGAGUAUAGCGUAUUUUCAUUAUAUACCGAUAGAACAGCAGCGCCUUCUGCGCUUCCACAAGAGGAGAAACAAAAAUAUGAUGCUGAAUUUGAAAAACAAAUGAAAGAAUAUGAAAAAGAACGACAAAAGUUCAAGGAAGAGUAUCCGGAAAAAGCAAAACCAGACACACUUGAUGAAGAGAUCGCUGAAAUAUACGAAGAUACAUCACAGAGAGAAAUGAGGAUGAUUCUUGAAAUGCAAACAAAUAUUCGUCAAAUUCUACAACAUUUGGAAAGUCGAUUACAGGAUAUCAGUCAACAGCAAAAUGUCCAAUUUCCACUGGUACAACAAUGUGCAGUCAGAGCUGGUGGAGCUGCUCUUGGUGGACCAGGUCAAGUGGCUACUGCUGCUAUUGAAGGUUUCCAGCAGCAUGAAAAGAAUGAAGCGUUGCAGUCGCUACGGGACUUAACAUCUAAUAUCCGAGAUAUGAAGAGCUAUGUAAAUGAAAUAUUCACUCGAACCUACAAUCUCGAGCAAAAAAUGGGUAGUGGAAGUGCAAUGGGACCUUCGUCCGGCAUUAUGCCAGAUCCGGCUUUACGAUCUCUUAUUGAAACAAUACAAAAUGAUGUACGGCAAAUUAGAACGGCGCAACUUGGAGCGCCAAGUGCACAAGUUGGGGGUAGCUGUGCGAAUGUGUCCUGUUUGUCGUCUUCAUUUUUCAUGACUAUUAUUUUAGCGCAGAGUGCAGGUAUUAUCCUCGCCCUAUGGAUAAGAAGCAAGCCGGAGAAAGCGAAAUUUUACUGAAUAAGAUCUAUAUUUUUUUGAAAUUAUUUCGGGUGGAACAGAUUUCGAAUUCUUUCAAGAGGUUUCGACGACCAGUAUAUUUCCAUUAUGUGCUACAUGCAUGUUUUUUCCUACUUUCUUGAAAAAAAGAAGGCAGUCACCGUUAUAAUAUUGUGCACAAUUUCAGCUGCCAGAUCAGCUGUAUUUUUGGAAGAAUUAACUCUGCUUUCUUUUAAUUUUUUGUUUCUUCAGCUCUGCCAAAGGUUGUGAUAAUUAUUGUGUGGCAGUCUGUUGUUUCUUGACAUAAAUUGUUACUUUUUAGAUUUUUUCCUACAUCUUGCGCGCCUGGAUUUGUGUUACAAGUUCAGCUUUUAUAAAAAACUGCUGAAUUAUUGAAUUAAAUCGUAAUUUAAAAUGAUGCAGC